AUGACCAAUUCAAAAUUUGAUUUUGAUAUUGCAAUUGGUUAUGCUGUAUACUGUAUACUGUUUGCAAGAGGUUGUAGUCCAUAUCCAAUGGAAUGCAUCCUGGCUAAAGCUUCAGGGACCCAUUAUGUUUGUGUGCGUACUAUGUACCAAAAUAUAAAAAUCUUGCUCAACCCAGUUAGCGAAAGUUACAAAAACUUGUACAAGUUCAAUGUGUGCAGCCCUGAAAGUAAAGAAUGCAUGAUACACAGGCUUUUCCCAGUGGACCACAACUGGCUGUUCAAAUCUUAUUCCAAGAAAAGAAACUGUUCCAAACUAGGUGGAACUUGUGGAAGCACAACUGAAGACUUGGACAAAAUAUUCUUUUGUUGCCAAAUCUCAAUUCCAAUAUCUAGAUUCCCAUUAAGAAUAUCAUAUUGCCUUUUGAGCAAUGGCACAAAUCACUAUAUUGCUAUUGUUUCAAAAGUUCAGGAGCUUAUUUUGCAGGACUUGAAAACCUUAAAACAUAAGAAUAUUUUUCUAAGGGCUGAAGUGAAUCUGUACAACCCGCCGCAGCGACUGGUGGUGCUGACGGCGGACGGGUCGGAGGCGCAGCGCGUCGUGGGGCCGUUCCUCGAGGGCGACUCCUUCGUCUUAUGUCCGGGCCUCGGGGGUGCGCCGCCACCGAGCGUCACGUGGUGGGAGGGCGACCUCCUCCUUGACCCAACGUCCGAGGUAGAGGCGCUGGACGAGGUCACCAACACGCUGCAGCUGGAGGCGCUGAGUCGGCGCGACCUCCUGCGCUCGCUCACGUGUCGCGCUGCCAACUCCAACCUGACGGAGCCGCUAACGGCGACCGUUACCAUCAACAUGAAGCUUGCGCCGCUGUGGGUGAGGAUCCUCAACACGCGGAGUUCCUUGAGCGCCGGGAGGCCCUACGACAUCAUCUGCAGGAGUGCGGGCGCGCGGCCCCCCGCCGAGAUCACGUGGAGACUCGACCGCUCGAAGAUUACGUCGCACAUAGCAAAGCUCAAGCACGGGGACAACAUGACGACGAGCGAGCUGCGUUGGACGCCGAGCGUGCACGACGGGGGGCGGGUGCUCUCCUGCCACGCCGAUUCGCCCAACGUCCAGCACCCGCCCCUCGUCGACGAAUGGCUCCUCGACGUCUUCUGUGAGUGUCUUUCGAGCUCUGUGUUGCUUGUGGGGUGCUUGCUGUCUUGA